AUGUCUCAGCGGCCUGACGGUGACAACGGCUCUCCUCACAAAGACAAAGAACCUCUAGGCAAUGUCGAGCCCACCAAUAUGCCCACCCUCGAGGAUAUCGCUGAGGAAGGCGAUGACAACCUCGAGGACAUCGCUGAGGAAGGCGAUGACAACGUGGAGCAGCCCUCGUACGCCUCCGCUGCCACCGCCCACCGCGAAUCUCGCCCUCUUCCCAUUCGCCCUCUUCCUAUUAGACCUAUUAAUUCCGUAGCGGCCAGUGCCAAUGCAGCCAUACGCAGGCGAGCGUUUGUGGAUUGGAUGAGCGGGGUGUCGGACAACUGGCCUCCCCUGAUGCGGCCAACGGGUUCCGGUCCAACAACUAAAUCGGCUAGAGUCAAUGGCCCCUCUUCAUCCGACGCCCAAUCCCAGCGUGACGGUGAAGUAGCUCAGCCGUCGGUCUCUGUGGGGACCAUAUUCCCGGGCGAUUCUAACUCCGACGCGGGCGGGAGCUUGUCUACCCAAGGCGUGGCUGCCGGUGUCGCGUCGAACCAAGUCCCCAGCGGUGCCAUUUUGUCCCAAAAUGUUGCGAUCUUGAGCACCGAGGACCCCGAUGCUCCCGUCUCCGAUGCUCCCGUCUCCGAUACUCCGCAAGGCCACACUCCUGCCCAUUUGGCACCUGGCCCCGCCCACAUGCGCUAUCUUCCGGCUCCUCGUCAGCCCAUACCUGUUCAUUCGGCUCCUGGUGCGGCCCGAGUGAGCUUGUCCACAGACUCCGGAAUCCUUGAGGGCUGCCGUCAUAUUGUUCUACGAGAGGCUGCCGGUGAAAUCGUAUGGCGUCGAUACGCUGAACCUCUCUUGAAUCCAACCAGUGUAGAUGUCGACCCCGACGACGAUUCAUCCUCGACCACCGCAGACCAGGAGGACGCCGCUUCUGUUGCUGCAGAUGCUCCCCUCACCGAUGGUGCUCUUAACGACAACACCUCUGCCUUCGGCAACCUCUCUCUCGAGGAUCGCAUUUUCGCCACCAACGGACGUGACCACGGCAAUGUCGUCCCUGCUGCGGACACAUCUCCCGCCACUGCUAACCACAAUUCCCCUAACACACCGCCUCCCACGCCUGUCAUAUACCGUAACCCACGGGACCUUCCAGAUGCCACUGCGCCCUUUGCCCACCAGAACGUGGCUGGCUAUCAGGGCAUUUCAUUGAACAUAUUCGGGACUGGCCCUCCGGGAGGAACAUUCUCCCUGACAUGGGGUUCUGGACCUGCCGCCGUCGAACCUGCCGCCGCUGAACCCGCAGUCACGGUCGCUAGACCUGCCAUCAAUGGACCCGCUAGUAUCGCAUGUCCCACUAUCACCAACGGCGCCAAGUCUCCGAGCGAUGAGCCGAGGAACGCUAGUACACUAUAGCCCGUGGUUGUGCCCGUGGAUCCUUGAGAAUUGGGAUGAGGCAGCACCACGAUCAUACUAGUAAAGGUACUCAGCGGUGUAUGGGGCCUACGCAUGGCUUGCUAGGAGAUGCUUCGCUGACCUCGUGUGCUUCAUUUCUUACGCAUUUUGCAUGCCUUCAUUGCCGCUUUCUUGUUCCCCUUCUUGGCGUCACUCAAGAAUCUUUCGUAUACUCUUCUUAUGCCGCGCGAUUGCUUCCUUACUCGUUACUCGUCUCACCGUAACCGCUAUCACACAAUUCUCGUUCGACCUACCCAAAAUAACCACAAAAAAGACCCCGAUUCUGACACCUUCCUGUAUGGGUCAAUUCCUUCUCGUU